AUGUUGUCCUGUCGGGUGCUGUAUCGACGAAUCCACCAAGAAGAGUAUGCGAUAUCUCGCGAAUAUCUUCAUCAUCGAAAGCGCCGAUAUCUGCAAAGCAGCGACUGCUCUCCUGGAGAUGACCUGACAUUCAUCUCUGAGCUUUUCCCACCCCAGCCACCGCAGUACACUGCUAGCAGGUCGCACGAUGAAUUCCCCCAAUAUUCCUUCGGCUAUCUCGCCGACCUGACUCGCUGCUGGGUGACUUGCCUCAGAUUGUCAUACUAUCUAGCCGACUACGCAGUACGGCAUCAUCUGCAGCAUGAUUCUGACGCUCAGUCUCUUUGGUCAUCCUCCAAGACCGAAAAGGAAAUUAUUUACAGCCGAGGUGUGGGCGUGCUUCAAUCUCGGCUAUUGUAUCCAUUAGCAUACCUCGCAUUCUUCCUCGAAACCUACGCAGAUGCCCGAGACGCAGCAAGGGAAACAGGGAAACCCCAUCAUCUGCUCCAUCUCGAAGAGCAACAAUCCAUCCUCCAACGGUCUCCGUUCACAACGACCGAGGUCCUCCUCGCAACCCAUCACUGCAUGUAUCUCCUCUGCUCUUCUGUGCGCCACAUGAUGAACCCCGAGUUCCCACCGUCCUCAACCGGAAGCUGGCUUAGUAUUCUCCUCACGACAUCCACGCUCGAAAGGAUCCUAGACUUUUUCUUCGCCGCAGCAGACGACCAGGCCGCAGAAGCGCGGCAUGCGCACGCCAGGAACAUACAGAGCCAUACUCAUACGCGCACGCACCACGCACAUACCAGGGAUGUAUCAUCCACCUAG